GAUAUGGACUAUCAACUGCAAUCGUCAUACACAGAGAGACCAUCGCUAUUUGAACUGUUUGCUCAAGAUGAGCUUACAGAUUUGCUACAGCCUGCUGUGAAAUAUGUUCUAUCUAUUCUAGCUACAAGAUAUCCACGGUACUUACUCAGAUUAGUGAAUAAGCAUGAGGAAUUCUAUGCACUAAUUAUGCUGAUCGUUGAAUCGCACUAUCUUCGGACGCAGAACGCAUCAUUCACCGAGUCUUUUUAUGGUCUCAAGAGGCGUAACAGACCGGCUUUUGAGCCUACGCAUUCUUCUCCAUAUUUAGAUAAGCAUCAUCAAGCAUUCGAUAAGCUCACAAAAGGCCAAAUAUACGGCUCUUUGGUGUUUUUGGUUGGUGUACCAUAUUUACGUACAAAGAGUAAGGAAUUGUACGAUAUAUGGGGCGGUAACACUUCCGGAGAACUUUUCAGAGAUAGCGAGCAUUCUCAACAAGAGGUAUGGAGCACAUACAAGCGUACGUUUAAAAAGGUCUAUCCUUACGCCAAUCUAGCCCUCGAGAGUAUUCUUCUGAGCUACAACUUACGUUAUAUGUUCAAUUCUACGCCAUUCUACCGACCAUGGUUACAAUGGAUGAAUAUAGAUAUCCGUCGAGCGACGCUAGCUGAUUUGGUGUGUCUCAUAUCAAGUAAAUCAUCUAAUAACAAGUCACUUCUACGCAAAAUACCAAGUUACCUACUAUCAUCUCUUAAGACAGCCUUACCAGUGACGUUAUUCAUCUUGAAGUUCCUUCAGUGGUGGUAUUCAAGCCAAUCACCUCGUUUACAGCACGAAGAAGCCAAGAAAGCAAAUGAUUCUCGCACGCCACCGCCUGCGAAGUUGACCAAACAUCCAGAAUCUGCGGUCAAGGAUGCACAUAUUAGAUAUGGCAUAGAUCCACUCACCGGUGAACCACUUGAGAACGCUACUCUAACACCAACUGGGUAUGUAUACAGUUUCAAAAGCUUAUUCGACUAUGUUGAAAAACAUAAUCGUUGCCCGGUCACACUCAAGCCAGUUAAAGUUACGCAAUUGCGUAAAGUUUUAUUGUAA